AUGUCUGCUAAGGUUCUCGCCGAUAAGGACGUCAACGUUCCCAUGACUGAGCAGCCAGCUGUUAAGGACGUUAAGAGCAUGGAGUACCACCGUCAAGCCUUCCACUCCAAGAUGGCUGACGACGAGACUGACAAGUACGUCUCGCCAUCCGACGGCAUCAUGAGCCCUUGCUCCCAAAAGAUCAACGCCCUGCGAAACAAGCACGCUAGCAAAGCCAAGCCCAAGUCUCUCUUCGCCCAAGCGAGCGCUAAGAAACUCCAAGGCGAUAAUCCCUUUGGCGCAAGGCCAGCACCAACCAAGGGUGCCUUCCAGCUAUAA